AUGGGAGAAGCCAGCGCAACCUCCUUUCCCAACAAUGGGCUGCAGUGGCAUCUCCGGCAGCCGGGCAAAGAAGAGUUUCAGACAUUUAAGAUGUUGCUGAAGGGAAACGCUUUGGAACCUGGCCAUAGACAAGAUGAGUGGGUCUACAAACAUCAUGUGAUGAGAAAGUUCGCAGGGACAUCAGGGACCCACCACGGCUUCGAAAACUUUGCCUCCGAUUGUCCACAAAUGCAAACGCUGUUUGGGGUGUUCACGCCGGAUCAGCAGGGCUUCCGGCCUCUCACCGUGGUCCUGCACGGAAGACCAGGGGUGGGGAAGUCGACUUUGGCCAGAAGAAUCCUGCUGCGCUGGGCCCACGGAGAGCUCUACCCGGGCUUGUUCUCCUAUGUCUUCUUCUUUGAUGCCAGAGACAUACUGCUGAGGAAGAAAACCAGUUUUGCAGAGUUAAUUGUCAAGGAGUGGCCAGACCCCUUAGUCCCCACGGCGAAGAUCCUGUGCUGGCCAGAACGGCUCUUGUUUGUGGUCGAUGGUUUUGACGACCUGAACGCGGCCUUUAGAGAUGCCAACGUGCACCUCUGCACCGACUGGACGGAGAAGCAGACGGUGUCUGUCCUGAUACGUAGUCUGCUGAAAAAGGUCCUAUUUCCAGAGUCCUCCCUAAUAGUCACCAUCAGAGACGUAGGCGUGGAAAAGCUCAAAGCCAUGGUCAUCUCUCCCCGUUACCUCUUAGUCGAAGGAAUCUCAGUGCAGAGAAGGAUCCAGUUGUUCCUCAAGCAUGUCAAGAAUGAGGACCAAAAAAUGCAACUCCUGCACUCCGUGCUGGACAACCAUAUGCUGAUCGAUAUGUGCCAGGUGUACAGUGUGUGGUCACUCCUCUGCCAGGCUCUGGAGCUGCAGAUGGCCUCGGGAAAGGGCCCGCUCCCUUCCUGCCAGGUGCUCACGGGCUUGUACACUACCUUCGUGGUCCAUCAGCUCACCCCUCAAGAUGCCCCGGGGCAUGGUCUCGGUCCGGAGGAAAGAGCCGUUUUGAAGAGCUUGUGCCGGAUGGCUGCGGAGGGCGUCUGGACCAUGAAGUUUGCGUUUUACCCCGAUGACCUGGCCACCCACGGACUGACGGAGCUGGAGCUCUCCUCUAUGUUUCGCAGGAGCAUCCUGCUCCAAGACAGCCGCGGGGACAGGUGUUUCACGUUCCUGCACCCAAGCCUGCAAGAGUUCUGCGCUGCCUUGUACUAUGUUCUAGAAGGGCUGGAAAUGGACUGGUGUCCCCACCCCCUGUAUGGGGAAAACACGAAGACUUGGAAGGAGUUCAAACAGAUCAGCUCCAACGUCCACUUGCUCCAGAUGAAGCGUUUCUUGUUUGGCCUCAUGAACCAAGAGCUGGUGAGGACGCUGAAGGACUGGCUGGGGUGUUCCCUUCCCCUGGUGGUGAGGAGGGUGCUUCUCCACUGGGUCUCUCUGUUGGGUCAAUGGGCCGACACCUCCUCCACCCUGGACUUCCUGGACGCCUUCUACUGUCUCUUUGAGACCCAAGACGAAGAGUUUGUCCGUUUGGCAUUGAACGGCUUCCAGGAAGUGAGGCUCAUGGUGAGCCGGCCGAUGGACCUCCUUGUGUCUUCUUUCUGUGCCCAACAUUGCCAGAACUUGCAGAAAAUCCAAAUGGACGUCAGAGAGAUCUUCUCAGGGGAUGAGUCCACUGAGGCACAGCUGGUCAUUCUGCAAGGGGUGAAGAUCAAGCCCCUGGUGAACAAGUGGUGGGAAAACCUCUGCUCCGUGCUCUGCGCCCGACCAAGCCUGCGGCAGGUGGACCUCAGCAGCAGCAUCUUGAGCGAGUGGGCCAUGAAGACCCUGUGCGUCAAGCUGCGACAGCCGACCUGUAGAGUUCAGAAGUUGAUAUUUAAAGGCAUGCAGAUUAGCCUUGGUCUCUGUCACCUCUGGAAGACUCUCAUCAUCAGCCCCACUAUUAAGCACGUGAACUUGGAAAGCACUCCCCUGAAGGAGGAAGAUAUAAGAAUAGCAUCCGAAGCGUUGAAACACCCUAACUGUGUGUUGGAGUCUUUAAGGUUGGAUGACUGCGGAUUAACCCAGACCUGCUUCCUGCUGCUCUCCCAAACACUGAGGACCUCCACCAGCCUGAGAUCUCUGAGCCUCGCGGGAAACCCGGCGGCAGGCCAGGGCAUCCAGUCCCUCUGUGAGGCCAUGAAGGUCUCUCAGUGCACCCUGCAGAAGCUGAUACUAGGGAACUGCGGUCUCACAGGCUCCAGUUGCUGGGAUCUGGCCUCAGUGCUGUCCUGCAACCAGAGACUGACCCACCUGGACCUGUCCACCAACAGGCUGAGGGCGGAAGGUGUGACUGCCUUGUGUCGAGCCUUAAAGCUUGUCAACUGUGCUCUACAGAGGCUGAUACUAAGAGAAUGCAACCUGGAUACCAUGGGCUGCAGCUUUCUGGCCCUUGCCCUGACCAGCAACUGUCACCUGACACACCUGAACCUUAGCAUGAACCCCUUGGGAGAUGAUGGCGUCCACUUCCUGUGUGAGGUCCUGGCGGAAAUGCCUUGUCACCUCCAAGACCUGGAGCUGAUGAAAUGCUGCCUCACGGCCGCCAGCUGCAAGAACCUGUGUGCUGUGAUCACCCAGAGCAAGCACCUGAGGAGCCUGGACCUCGCCGCCAAUGCCCUGGGUGACGAGGGGGUGGCGGCCCUGUGCGAAGGACUGAAGCAAACGACGACGUGUCUGAGGAGACUCGGGUUGGAGGCGUGUGGAUUGACAUCUGACUGCUGUGAGGUCCUGGCCUCGGCUCUCAUGUCCAACCAGCAGCUCAGGAGCCUGAACCUCAUGCGGAAUAAUUUCACUCCCGAGGGAAUAAAGAAGCUGUGCCCAGCCUUCGAACACCCCACGUCUAACCUACAAGUUAUUGGGCUGUGGAAGUGGCAAUAUCCUGGUCCAACAAGAAAACUGCUGGAGAAGGUCCAGGCACUGAAGCCGCACAUGGUGAUUGGCGACGGCUGGUAUUCCUUCGACGAAGAUGACCGGUACUGGUGGAAAACUGAAAGCGAGAGGCCCCGCCCACCCACUUAUGGCGGUGAAGAAACCACGUCGCUGUCUGUCCCCAGUGCACUGUGCCCCGAGGGGGGUGGCCCUCCUCGGAGGUAG